CGCCCAGCGUCUGCCGCAGACAAGCUCAGCGCAGCCCAGCGCGGCCCGGGCUCCCCUCCCAGCACCGAGCACUUGGCUCUGGCAGACGCCCCAAGAUUGUUGUGAGGAGUCUAGCCAGUUGGUGAGCGCUGUAAUCUGAACCAGCUGUGUCCAGACCGAGGCUCCAUUUGCAUUGUUUAACAUACUUAGAAAAUGAAGUGUUCAUUUUUAACAUUCCUCCCCCAAUUGGUUUAAUGCUGAAUUACUGAAGAGGGCUAAGCGAAACCAGGUGCUCGCUCCGAGGGCUCUGCAGUGGCUCGGAGCACCGCGGCGCGCUUCCCUGGCCUCGCCACCACCCGCUCGCCCCUCUGCCACCAAGUCACCCGCGAGCCCCUCGGCCCCCGCGAGCGAGCUCCCGCCGCCAGCAAUCUCUUCCCGCCUCGCCUCUGCCCCGCGCGCAUCUCGGACAUGCCAGGAUUAAAAAGGAUUCUCACCGUUACCAUUCUGGCCCUCUGUCUUCCAAAUCCUGGCAAUGCACAGCAACAGUGCACUAACGGCUUUGACCUAGAUCGCCAGUCGGGACAGUGUUUAGAUAUUGACGAAUGCCGGACCAUCCCCGAGGCCUGCCGAGGAGACAUGAUGUGUGUUAACCAAAAUGGCGGCUAUUUAUGCAUUCCCCGAACAAACCCAGUAUAUCGAGGGCCCUAUUCGAAUCCCUAUUCGACUCCCUACUCAGGUCCAUACCCAGCAGCUGCCCCACCAGUAUCAGCUUCAAACUACCCCACGAUUUCCAGGCCUCUUGUCUGCCGCUUUGGAUACCAGAUGGAUGAAGGCAACCAGUGUGUGGAUGUGGAUGAGUGUGCAACAGAUUCCCACCAGUGCAACCCUACCCAGAUCUGCAUCAACACAGAGGGCGGAUACACUUGCUCCUGCACAGAUGGCUACUGGCUUCUGGAAGGCCAGUGCCUGGACAUUGAUGAGUGUCGCUAUGGUUACUGCCAGCAGCUCUGUGCCAAUGUUCCUGGAUCUUACUCCUGCACAUGCAACCCUGGUUUUACCCUCAAUGAGGAUGGAAGGUCUUGCCAAGAUGUGAAUGAGUGUGCAACUGAGAAUCCCUGCGUGCAAACCUGUGUCAACACCUAUGGCUCUUUCAUCUGCCGUUGUGACCCAGGAUAUGAACUUGAGGAUGACGGCGUGCAUUGCAGUGAUAUGGACGAGUGCAGCUUCUCCGAGUUCCUCUGCCAACACGAGUGUGUGAAUCAGCCUGGCACAUACUUCUGCUCCUGCCCACCAGGCUACAUCUUGCUGGAUGACAACCGAAGCUGCCAGGACAUCAAUGAGUGUGAGCACCGGAAUCACACAUGCUCCCCGCUACAGUCUUGCUAUAAUUUGCAAGGGGGUUUCAAAUGCAUCGACCCCAUCCGCUGUGAGGAACCUUAUCUGCUGAUUGGUGAUAACCGCUGUAUGUGUCCUGCAGAGAAUACUGGCUGCAGAGACCAGCCCUUCACCAUCUUGUUCCGGGACAUGGAUGUCGUGUCAGGACGCUCUGUUCCCGCUGACAUCUUCCAGAUGCAAGCAACAACCCGCUACCCUGGAGCCUAUUACAUUUUCCAGAUCAAAUCUGGGAACGAGGGUCGAGAAUUCUAUAUGCGGCAAACAGGCCCCAUCAGUGCUACCCUGGUGAUGACACGCCCUAUCAAAGGGCCCCGGGACAUCGAGUUGGACUUGGAGAUGAUCACCGUCAACACUGUCAUCAACUUCAGAGGCAGCUCUGUGAUACGACUGCGGAUAUAUGUGUCACAGUACCCGUUCUGAGCCUCGGGCUGCAGCCUGUGACACUGCCUCUCACCAGCACCAAGGGACAGGAGAAGAGAGGAAACAAGACAGAAUGAGAGCGAGACAGACAUUGUAACUUUCCUGCUGAACGUUUCUAGAGGAGUCAGCCCAGUGUCCUGACCCUCACCUGUACUAUUGCAGACUGUCACUCUGAAGGACAUCCCACCCCCAGUUCUAUGAUUCAGUUGUCAAAAAGUAUUAUUGUUGGCCCCAAUGUGAGAUCGUCGUGAUUCUUGAAGGCCUUCAGUUUAUUUCCAUCUUUUUCAAAGAAAAUAGAUCAGGCUUGCUGGGGUAUGAGUCUAUGUUCCAAGACUGUGAACAGCUUGCUCUCACCUCUUCCACUCCUUCCUUCUGUCUCUCGCUGCAUCGCUGCUUCGCAAAGGCCCCAAGAGCUCAUGGGGGAAUGCUGGGUAUCGCUAGUUUGCUUCUUGCGUGUACUGAGAAAGCUAUGGAAACAGACCACAGCAGGAUCUAAGGGUUUCUAGAGUCUAUUUCAAAACCAUGUCUGGUAUUUUCAGCCAUAAAAGAAGUUUUAGGUGUCCUUAAAUUUGUAUAACUGUUUAACCUUUUCUUGUUUAUUUUUUAAAGUGCUAGAAUUCCUUCAACAGGCCUCAGACACGUUAUGUUUUGUCUUCACAAUCCUAGUCUUCCCUCCAUCUUAGCCCAAUUUUUUGAAGACCCCUUAAUCAUGCUUUCUUUAAAACUUUUACCCAACUGGGUCAGAAGGCAGCGGUCUCCAAAACUGAUUAAAUAUUUGAA